AUGCAGACUGCUUCUACAAAUAUUUAUGAAAGAAUGGGUCAUUCUGAGAAGCUCAGUGAAUUCAAGCGUGGUACUGUGAUAGGUUGUCACCCAUGCAAUAAAUCCAUCCAUGAAAUUUCCUUGCUACUAAAUAUUCCACGGUCAACUGUUAGUGGUAUUAUAACAAAGUGGAAGCAACUGGGAACAACAGCAACUGAGCUAUGAAGUGGUAGGCCACCAAAUGACAGAGCGGGGUCAGCGCAUGUUGAAGCACGCAGUGCGCAGAAUUCGCCAACUGUCUGCAGAGUCACUUAGUUGCAGUAGACAAUUUCAUGCUCCCAACUUUGUGGGAACAGUUUAGGGAUGGACCCUUCCUGUAACAACAUGACUGCGCACCCGUG